AUGUAUCAGUACUUCCGCAACGUCACGCCCGGGUCGCACGAGUACAACGAGUUCCUCGAGCUCGUCAAGGGCGAUGAGGAGGGCGAUCUCCUCAAGAACAUGGCCUUCACCAAGAACGGCGCGCACCUCGUGUGCCUCUUGUUCGCCAACGGCACGGCCAAGGACCGCAAGCAGCUCCUCAAGCCGUACAAGGACACCUUUUUGAUGAUGUCGGGCGAUCCCUACGGAUACGUCAUCAUCCUCACCACCAUGGACGUCAUUGACGACACCAAGAUGACGGCCAAGGCCAUCUUCCCCGAGAUCCUGGGCGACACGGACGAGCAGGCGGCGGAGAGCUUGAUGGCGGCGGCGAGCAAUCCCCACGCGCGGGCCACGCUCCUCUACCUCCUCGAGGGCGCUACCAAAUCGGUGUUCCCCGGCCCGCUCCAGGAGGGCCUCGAGAUCCUCAAAGAGGUGCACGAGAUCCGCAAGACGACGAGUAAGAAGGACGGCGAGGUGCGGGCCAAGGAGCUCGUCGCGGCCAUGUCGCCCCAGCUGAUCGCCGGCGUCAAGGCGGCGGCGGAGGUGCUGGUCAACGACUCGUUUGGCUGCCAGCUCGCGACGGAAAUCAUGUUCUCCGCCAUCGGAGACAAGACGGCGGCUCUCGAAGCCAUCGCGGCGACGGCGGCGGGCAACCCCGAGGUGGAGGCAGGCGUCACCAAGACGCUCGAGGACACGGCGACGGAGACGCCGCCGCACGUGUCGCGGACGCCGCACGGAGGCAGGUUGAUCAAGUCCCUCAUCGCCGGGGGCAAGUUUGACAAGGCGUCGGGUUCCGUGGUCAAGGUGGACCCGCCGCUCGGGUUCGCCGACAUCCUGUACCCGCUGGUGGAGGAACACGUGGUGGCGUGGGCCACGGGGCCCAGCUCGUUUGUGAUUCUUAACAUGCUGGAGUCGGAGGACUUUGGGGACAAGAAGAAGCUGCAGGCUACGCUCAAGAAGAAUAAGGCGGCGCUGGAGAAGGCGGCGGGCGGUGCCGGUGGGGAUGGCAAGAAGAAGGGCGCCGAGAACGGGAAGAAGAAGGGUGGGGCGGCGGCGGGCGGCGAAGACGGGUGGGAACCAGGGCAGCAAGCUGCUUUUGGAGAAGCUACGGUGAAGACUUGCACGAGGCGAGGAGGCUACGAGGUGAAAGAACGAACGUGA